CUUUCGGUGGUUUCGACACCUGGAGGACUCCUCCCGGGGCUGCGGCGGGACUGCCCAGGCCCCAGGGGAAGGUCCUCCUCACUCAGAGGCCCUGCCCGUCCCCUGUGUCCUCCCCGAGGCCCGGGGGUGGCCCCCACCCCCUCAGCACACAGAUGCCGCAGGGAAGAGGCAGGCUCCGACUGCCCGAAGGGCCAGGCCAGACCCCAGCCCCGUGUCCUUGUCAUGAGCGCUCCCUGGGGUGGAAAGGCGAGGCCUCCAGCUGGCCGCGGCAGGUCAGGAGGCCAGCGCUGGAGGUGGCCUUUGACCUGGGGCCCUGAAGAGGACCAUGGGCUCCAUGUUCCGGAGUGAGGAGGUGGCACUGGUCCAGCUCUUCCUGCCCACAGCUGCCGCCUACACCUGCGUGAGCCAGCUCGGGGAGCUGGGCCUGGUGGAGUUCAGGGAUCUCAACGCCUCGGUGAGUGCCUUCCAGAGACGCUUCGUGGUGGAUGUUCGGCGCUGCGAAGAGUUGGAGAAGACCUUCACCUUCCUGCAGGAGGAGGUGCGGCGGGCUGGGCUGACACUGCCUCUGCCCGAGGCGGGGCUGCCGGCGCCCCCGCCCCGCGACCUUCUGCGCAUCCAGGAGGAGACUGACCGCCUGGCUCAGGAGCUCCGGGACGUGCGGGGCAACCAGCAGGCCCUGCGGGCCCAGUGGCACCAGCUGCAGCUCCACUCUGCCGUGCUGGGCCAGGGCCACAGCCCCCUGUCGGCGGCCACCCACACCGAUGGGCCCUCGGAAAGGACCCCCCUGCUCCAGGCCCCCGGAGGGCCGCACCAGGACCUGAGGGUCAACUUCGUGGCCGGUGCGGUGGAACCCCACAAGGCCGCGGCCAUGGAGCGCCUGCUCUGGAGGGCCUGCCGCGGCUUCCUCAUCGCCAGCUUCCGGGAGACGGAGCAGCAGCUGGAGGACCCAGUGACGGGUGAGCCUGCCACGUGGAUGACCUUCCUCAUCUCCUACUGGGGCGGGCAGAUAGGGCAGAAGAUCCGCAAGAUCACUGACUGCUUCCACUGCCAUGUCUUCCCAUUUGCGGAGGAGGAGGCAGCCCGGCACGCAGCCCUGCAGCAGCUGCAACAGCAGAGCCAGGAGCUGCAGGAGGUCCUGGGGGAGACGGAGCGCUUCCUAAGCCAGGUGCUGGGCCGCGUGCAGAGGCUGCUGCCACCCUGGCAGGUGCAGAUCCGCAAGAUGAAGGCCGUGUACCUGGCCCUCAACCAGUGCAGCGUGAGCUCCACGCACAAGUGCCUCAUCGCCGAGGCCUGGUGUGCCACACGCGACCUGCCCACCCUGCAGCAGGCCCUGCAGGACAGCUCGAGCGAGGCAGGUGUGAGCGCCGUGGUUCACUGCAUCCCCUGUCGGGACAUGCCCCCCACGCUCAUCCGUACCAACCGCUUCACGGCCAGCUUCCAGGGCAUCGUGGACGCCUAUGGUGUGGGCCGCUACCAGGAGGUCAACCCCGCGCCCUACACCAUCAUCACCUUCCCCUUUCUCUUUGCUGUCAUGUUUGGUGACGUGGGCCACGGGCUGCUGAUGUUCCUCUUCGCCCUGGCCAUGGUGCUGGCCGAGAACCAGCCGGCUGUGAAGUCAGCACAGAAUGAGAUCUGGAGGACCUUCUUCGGGGGCCGCUACCUGCUGCUGCUCAUGGGCCUGUUCUCCGUCUACACUGGCUUCAUUUACAAUGAGUGCUUCAGCCGCGCCACAGCCAUCUUCCCCUCGGGCUGGAGCGUGGCGGCCAUGGCCAACCAGUCCGGCUGGAGCGAUGCCUUCCUGGCCCAGCACCAGCUGCUUGCCCUGGACCCCAACGUCACCGGCGUCUUCCUGGGACCCUACCCCUUUGGCAUCGACCCUGUCUGGAGCCUGGCCAUCAACCACCUGAGCUUCCUCAACUCCUUCAAGAUGAAGAUGUCCAUCAUCCUGGGGGUCACCCACAUGACCUUUGGGGUGGUCCUGGGAGUCUUCAACCACGUGCACUUCGGCCAGUGGCACCGGCUGCUGCUGGAGACCCUCCCCGAGCUGAUCUUCCUGCUGGGGCUGUUCGGCUACCUGGUCUUCCUGGUCGUCUACAAGUGGCUGAGCUUCACGGCCGCCAGCGCUGCCACGGCCCCCAGCAUCCUGAUUCACUUCAUCAACAUGUUCCUCUUCUCGCGCAGCCCCACCAACAAGCCGCUCUUCCAGGGGCAGGAGGUGGUGCAGUCCACCCUGGUAGUCCUGGCCCUGGCCACGGUGCCCGUGCUGCUGCUGGGCACUCCCCUGUUCCUGCGCCGGAGGCACCAGCGCCGCCAAUCUAGGAGGCGGCAACCGCUGGAUGAGGACAAGGCCGGGCUCCUGGGCCAGCCUGACGUGUCUGUGGCCAGCCAGAACUCUGAUGAGGAGAAGGCCGGAUGCCUGGGGGACCAAGAGGAGGAAGAGUUUGUCCUGUCCGAGGUGUUCAUGCACCAGGCCAUCCACACCAUCGAGUUCUGCCUCGGCUGCAUCUCCAACACGGCCUCCUACCUGCGCCUCUGGGCCCUAAGCCUGGCCCACGCCCAACUGUCGGAGGUCCUGUGGGCCAUGGUGAUGCGAGUUGGCUUGGGCCUGGGCGGCGAGAUGGGCGUGGAGGCCGUGGUGCUGGUCCCUGUCUUUGCCGCCUUCGCCGUGAUGACCGUGGCCAUCCUGCUGGUGAUGGAGGGGCUCUCGGCCUUCCUGCACGCGCUGCGGCUGCACUGGGUGGAGUUCCAGAACAAGUUCUACUCGGGCUCCGGCUACAAGCUGAGCCCCUUCACCUUUGCCGUGGAGGAUGAGUAAUGCCCACGACCUGCCCUUACCGUGCCAAGCAGGAAACAAAUUCUGAGGCGGCGGACUUCCCUGGUGGUUCAGCAGUUAAGACCUCAUGCUUCCAGUACAGGGACGGUGCUUCCAAUACAGUUUGAUCCCUGGUCAGGGAACUAAGAUGCCACAUGCCACACGGUGCGACUGAGUUAAAAAAAUAAUAAAGAUGAAGAAGGCCUAGGA